GUGGAAUUCCAAUGUCCAUAGGUUACUACAACUCCGUACUCCGUACUCCAGUUGGCAAAUUUAAUCAACCGCCGACUGUCACCGCCCGCCGCGGGACCCAAUGAACCAAUUCAUUAGCCCCCCUGGUUCCAAUUUCCACCAGUCUCCAGCUUGAGGUCCUGUCCUUUGAUUAUUCUUGAUUGUAUCCGCCUUGAGGCUACCUGUGUCUCCCUAGAACUAUUUCCCGGGAGGGUAGCCCUUUCUCUCAGAGAGAAAUUGGCUUCGAAUCUUUCCUUGUUUCGGUCAUUUGUAUGUUGCACCGCUGCCGUUUUACGCCAUGGCUAGUGUUCCAAGUCGCCAGGCGCCUAUUGUUAUGGUCAUAGACUUCCAUCAUGCAAGGGGCCCCGAAAUCGAACUGUGCUUUGGAGAAGAUGGAACCGAUCCCGCGGCGGAGAAUGACUGGAGUUUGUUGCCAUUCAUGGCGUUAUCAGACGGGGCGCAUAUGUCGACCGAGGAGUUUUCUUAUUUUACACUCCGCCGAAAGGAGACCGCCACGGAACCUGCAACUUCCCUUUUUGGCAUAUCUUGUGCGAGACAAAUCGAUUCGAACUUGCUCCUAUACCGACCGUCUGAUGUGACGAGAUCCACAGUACAGAAGGCAGUUGUUGUCAUCACAGAUAGCCCUCGGAGCCUGGGGCAGCUGAGAGAAAAACUGUCCAUUGUAACAUCUGCUUGGUUUGCGCAGCGGGACUUCUCCGAUAUCGAUAUUCUGAAGAAAUUUCGAGAGAGCCUAGUCAUCAAUUUGAAUAAGGAUGAGACUUCCAAGGACCAAAACCUUGGACUGUCUCUGCGGGAAAUGAUCCAUGAGUUUAAGUAUCAAACUCUGGUCUUGUUCAAAGCUUUACUCCUGCAGCCCAAGAUGCUUUUCUUUGGCUCAAGAUGCGAGCGUCUAUGCAUGAUACAAUUCUCCCUCGUUUCGUUGAUACCUGGCCUCAUAAACUACCUCCAAGACUGUGCAGACCCAAAAUUCGAGAGCUAUACGAAGACUGUUGAGAAGCCUACUACACUGAAGACAAGCGACAGAAGUUCUUUGCUGGCGUAUAUGGGAUUACCGCUACAAAUCUUUGGCAAGGGGAGCAUGUUCGGACCUUACACACCUCUGCAGCAGCUGGAUCUGCUAGCGGAUGACGGCACGAAGUCAUAUGUAGUGGGCUCUACAAAUUCGAUACUUUUACAACAGAAAGAUCGUUAUAGUGACAUCUUAAUCAACCUUGACGAGGACACCAUCAAUAUCACGUCCCCCUCUCUACGAAAUGCACUGGCACUAUCUGUUGCAGACAGACGCUGGAUCGAUCUUCUUACCCAGAUUAUCAACGAUACGUGGGACGAGGCGCAUCCGGAACAACCUAAGACCCAUGGGUAUAUUGGCUCCGAGGAAUUCAUCAGGUUACAGUUUGAAGAGUACCUGCUCGCAUUGCUUUCGUGCAUGAAAUAUCAUAUGGAGCUUAAUUCCUUCAAUGCGGGUGACCCAGGCCGGAGGAGCAGGGAGCAAUUGGAAGCGUUCAACAUAGAAGGCGACCCUGCGCUGGAAUUCAACGCCGAAUUUCUGGCACAGUGGCAAAACACUUCUAAUUAUGCGCUUUUCAAACGCUUGACCUCUGAUGCACUGUUGUACUCCAUCGUUGAGCCUCGUCACCCUUGUGCCGGAGGCCUCACCAUGGACGAUGUUCAGCGUCGGUUAUCGCAACAAGUCGCGGAUCUUCAUCUGGAUGAACGGGUACGGGAAAGCCGCGAGGCACUCAAUAGGCAUAUCAGCACUGGCCAAAGGAAAGUAACCACCGCAUUCAACAACUUCUGGGCUGAUAUCGAAACGAUGCGGGAAGCACAGCGGAAAAGAAACGAAGAGAAAGCUCCUCAGUCACAAAGGUCCUCAAUUGACAAGGGCACUUCCCCCCCAUUUUCACCGUCUGAUACAGCAUCUGUACAUUCAACUAGUGGUUCCUCUUGGUUCGGUGGCCGUAAAGCUCCUUCCGUGGACAUUGCUCAAGCACAGGCAUCCGUGAGUGCCGCUGGCCAAAGGGCAGGGGCGUAUUUGAACUCAUGGAGUACCUGGGCUAGCGAAAAGCGAAGGGAAUGGCAGGACAAAAAUAAAACCCCAUCCUCUCCAUCUUCAGUUACCUCACCAUCGACCCCGACAUUGGCGGGUACCGCAGAGCAGAGCGACCCGCCAGAAAGGGGUAGACGGUCAAUGCAGGCAAGCCGCAGCGAAGACUCCAUUACUUUGUCGCGCAGUGGAAGCAGAAGGAAGAGAUGGAGCAAUAUUUUCCUGAGGCGGGAUAGCGGCGAGUAUGGCUCACCUAACCGGAAGGAUGAUGGUGACGGUAGUGAAUUUGAUACUGCCAAUCCACGCUCACAGCUAUCAAACGAGGUCCCUGUUCAUGACGACUUGUCGCAACCAGCCGAGGAGCCAUCUAAAGAGGUGGAGGCCUUGGCAGAAGCUCAGGUCAGCGGCGGCACAACCGAAAACCACACGAAUACUACCACCACUACCGAGGCACUGGCUGAGCAGCCCAAGCCUUCCGUUAAGCCUCAGAUCACCAUCGAUGAAAAGGAUACCAUAGCAGAAGAGCCAGCAUCUACUGAGUGCAGGAAUCAAACCGAAGCACACAGCACAGCAGAACAGGCUCCACACAGUUAAUAAUCCAUCAACAAACGACAGGAACAUGAUCGCAUGAAUCUUAUUUUUUUCUUUCAUUUUGAUCCUUUAUAUAAACUCGACCUAAUUAUAUUUCCCCCAUGCAUAAUACAUACAAAAACAAACUUCUUGCAUGUCAUUUACUCAGCAUCAUCACUUAUGGUUCGAAGCUUUGAUACCCGGGAAAGGACAGAGCUUGUAUUAUUGCUACCUUUUGUUACUCUUCAACAUAUAUCAUAUUUUCCUUUUUAAUUUCCGAAAAUGGAUAUACGAUGUUCCUUGAUACGAUUUCCUUUCCAAAUGUCAACUAAACUAUCCUGCAUCUUCUGAAUGCAUAAGCGGUUGGAUAUGAUGAGUCAAGAUAUCUUAUGCAUACUAACACCAUUAUAGAGCACGAACAUUUAUUCUUGUUACCGAAAGAUAUAUUUUUAUUUAUUCAAUUUUGAAUUACUGAACAUAAGGAGCA